GCCGAUUUUAACAGCAAGAAAAACCGAAAUGAUAUAAAACGCAACAAUAAUGAACUAUCUACGUUAAGAUAAGUUACAAAUAACUCCAGGGUGGAUGCAAAAACCAAUAUAUGGUCUAAAAGUUUAAUAACAGCAGUUCAGUACGGUUGACUGAUAUUGAAAAAUGACCUUAAGGUGCUUUUCCACCUAGUAGGCCAAGGCAUGUGUGAUAAUUGGAGCGCAAGAGGUCAGAAACGAGAAAAUAUUGGAGGCUAGACAGUCAUAUAGCGACACAAGGACUGCGUCCAAAUGGCCUAUCCCCUGAAAAUCUCAUACACCAUUCAGGGGGAGACAACUAAGUUCGUCGUUUUGCUUCUUCACAUUCUCUCCCAUUUUACUCUCCUGACAACUUUAGCUACACUUAUUAUUGUUAUCAUUAUUACCGAUAUAUAUUAUUCAUACUAUUCUUUAAAUUCAAUCAGCUCACUGUUGUUACGUUUUCCUAUUUAUUUUUCUGUCUGUUAGUCUGAAUAACUUCACUAAUUAUAUCUAUUAUUAUUAUCUUUUUCCCUUCGACGAUGAUACCGGAGGACUAACUGGUGAAAGGGUCAACUCCAUUCACAGUAGUAACAGUCUUAACACACCUCAUACUACAAACUACAUAUAAUUAAUCCCAGCAUUACUCCUUUUGGAGUCAAACAAAGCUGCGACAGUUGAUUGGCUGGGCGAGCGACGCAGAAGUUUACCAAAGAUCAGGAAAGUAUGCCUCACAAUCAAGAGACGAGCACAAAGAAACCAAAUUGGUUCAUACUAGCUCGUAAAAAGAUAUUGGAUACUGGACGUUUUGGACUUAUUUUUCGACCGUGUAAUGUUUUCGACAAAUUAUGACGGCUGUGAUUCUGAUAGCAGUUCAUCCAGUGGCACAAAUGGUGUUGAUUACAUCUGUAUAACCGAAGAUACGAAGAUCAAGGCCCGGGAAUUCGAAGAGCUGAUGGACCGAGAACUUGAUGCAUUAGUCAGGCAAACUCAUUAUAAACAAGCAGAUUCGAGAACUGUUAGUCAGAAAAAAAAUCUUAAAGUAAGGUUUCAAAAGACUGAUGCUGAUCGCGAUGAAGAUAAUGUUCCCAUAGACAAAGAUCCUUUAUGUGAUUAUGAAGAAGAUGAAGCUAAUUUAAAAUGGGUUCAGGAAAAUCUUCCUGGUGGUCAGUGUAAAAAUUCAGAUGCUGUCCUUAACUGUCCUGGAUGUAUGUCUGUAUUGUCUUUGGAUUGUCACAGACACCCGCAUUUUAAAACACAGUACUAUACAGAAUAUCCUAUUAAUUGUGUUGUGGAUGAAACACAAGUCAUUUCUCGAAAUAUAUUGAAACCCCAAAGAAAGAGUAAAUCCAGUACUGAAGGUGACUUGGAAUCGCGGCGAAAUAUUUCAAAGGAAUAUCACAUUGUCAAUUGCAAAGUGUGUGGCAAUUCAGUUGGACGUCAAGAUACCAAAACAAAUGUGAUACAUUUCAAUAAUGUGCUAGCAGGUCAUAGUUAAGCAAGGUCGCUAUUUGUUCAGGAUACUGUUCAACGCUACUUGAUAAUAUUAAGUAGUAUAAUGUAAAUAACUCAAAUUUUCGUUCCGUUUGUAUAUAUUUUUACAAAUAAGUCAAUAAAAGUAUUUGAUACAACC